AUGUUAAUCCAAAAUUCCAAAGAUGAUUGGCCUCUGGAUGAAAAAGCUCUUGGGACAGAGUUUGUUACUGUUCAAGUUGGCAAACAAAAGAAAGAAGUCGCUUUCCAUAAGAAACUCCUCUCCAGUCGUUCCACAGCCUUCGAAAAUCAUAUGAAAGUACUCAAAGAGAAGGGGAAAUAUCAAUUCCAUUGUGAACCGCGAUUCGAAAACGCAUUUUCUAUCCUCGUCACAUACUUAUACAAAGGGUAUGUCCCAGCGUGUCCUAACGAAGAUGGACCCGGAUCUAGUUCUUAUGGUCGACAGAUGAGAGAAUUAUACUAUUUGGCCGAACGAUUCGAAAUCAUUGAUUUAAUGGACAAGACCAUGGAUGCAAUUCAGGCCCAUGAUUGUCGAUUUGAUCGAGACAUCUACAAGCACAUGCCAGAAGUCUACAAAAAUACCACCAGGAAAAGCUCUUUACGGUAUUACUGUGCUCUGAGUGCGGCGUGGUAUUUCGGUCGCCCAAGCUCUCCCAAUAGUCAGAAACUGAAACGACUUGAAGCUAUCAAAGAUAAAGCGGACAUUCUUUACGAUAUUAUGAAGUUGCAAUUGAAAUUCGAAUCUAACAUUUCAAAUGCAAAAAGCGAUUAUCGAGUUCCUUCCGACGAAAGUGGACUUGGCCAUUGUACUUUUCAUACGCAUAGGAUAGGAGAGAUGUGCCAACGACUUGUCUUACUUGCGUCUCCUAAAUCCUCUCAUGAUAGCAAAACCCACGGGCAAACACAUCCGAUUAAUAUCAGGGACGGUGGUAAUCGUAGAAUGGAGGGUAAGACCAGAGACUUUCCGCAGAGAUGUGUGAGCGAAAGCGAAAGUUCAGAAGUAGUAGAAGAGGGAGAAGAUGAUGACGACCUUCCCAUCUUCACACAAGAGAAGGCUCGGCAGGUCAAUGCAACUACUGUCUCGAAGAAGAUCAAGAAAGAGGACGGUGACGAGGAAAAUGACUUAAAUCACUCUGCGAGCACAGUUGUCUCAGGGAAGAGACUGAGGAGUGAAAGUCCAAUACUAGGAAGCAACGAGGAUGUUAUUUCGAAUCCAGGAAAACGACCACUUGAAACCAAUGAUGAGGAAAGCUCAAGUAGGAAGCGACCAUUCGUCAUAAUCAGCGGGAAUAUUUCACGAGAUAGAAGAUCUGAGCCUACUGGCCCUAGUCGAGGGGCACAGCAACAACAGCAGCGAAUCUGUGACGCACUGGGCUUUCGCAAAGGCCAUGAUGACGAUAGUUCAACCGGUAUUAAGCCAAGAGCCCCAGUACUUUUCAAUCAAUCCAACGGUCAAAUUACUACUAUGAGAAACGAUACGAGUCGUCUCACAUCUGGCUCUAUAAUGUCGAGUUAUGGUCGUGGCGUUGACACAUCCAGGACAAAGUCGAUCUCUAUUGAUUCUUCCACCAUGGCUUCUGAUGAGGCAAACGACAGGAACGAAUGGCCUAUAACUCCAGACAUUUUAGGAAUUGAAACCGCAACAAUUUGCAACGGUGGAGUCAAAGAACAAGAAAUCACUUUUCACACCCGGCCAUUGACUCGACUGUCUCCCAAAUUUGCUCAAUUUUGUCGCCGGAAGAAGCAAGUUGAUGGUCGAUUUACUCUAACAUGCGCUCAGAAUAAAUAUGAUGCUUUCACAUGUAUUGCUCUUUAUGCAUACCAUGGAAAAGUACCAAAUGCACCGAAGGACAUCGAUCCAAUCUACACCCAGCGUUUGAGAUGGAUCUAUUAUGUGGCUGAGGAGUUCGGACUCAAUGAUUUGAUGAACAAGACGAUUGAUGCUUUACGAGUCUAUGAUUUCAAAUACAAGCAGGAAAUUCAUGCUCACACCGAAGAAAUAUAUCGCAAUACUUCAAAAGGAAGCUUGCUGAGAUGGUACUCUGCGGCAUCAGCAGCUUGGUCUUGGGGACGAGAAACGGGACCUGCAACUGCAUCACAGAGGGAUAAUCGCAAGAAAUUCAUUUCUUCUGGUAGGGGCAAUCCGGACAUUUUUGCGGACUUUCAUCUGGUCGACCUUUUCCAUCGGGAUUAUAUCAGAGGUUUUGAUACGGAUUGGAGAGAUGUUCAUGAUUCUGGUCUGCCAGUUUGCGCAUUUCAUUGCCAUUCACCGGGAGAAACUUGUCAUCGUACGGGAAUUACGGAGCCGGCAGAAGUACCAGAGCAUAUUUCGAAGAUUUUUGAUGGGGUUGAAGAUGCUGUGCUUUUGAAUCGUUCGCAGAUUAUUGAUACUCCUUCUGAUCAAGAUGUGCGUUCGAGCGCACGACAAAGUACCCCGCCAAGGUCUUCAGAGCCGGAAAUUCUCCAGGCAGAAGAUGAGAAUCUUAAGUCUGGAGAUAGAAGGAAUAAGACUCCGGUGGCUAGUCGUGAAAUGGUUCAUCCAGUUGGGGAUGAAGCAAUCAAUGGAGACCGAGAGAUGAGUGUGCUUCAAGAGAUCACAAUGAAGAAGUCCACUACAGAGGAAAUUUCAAAGCAAUCAUCAACCACUCCACUAGCUCCUAUCAAAAAUCCACCCUCAACAAGAGUUGUACCUCCAGGAAGCAAAAAGAGUAAUCGAUCGCAGAAGCAUAGUCCAGCAAAUUUCAAAAAUGAAGCACCAACUGAAGAUCUUUACGGGGCUUCUGAUAUUGAUAUGGAUCGUGAAGCUGCAGAAAAUUCCGUCGAACCAGGACAGAAAGUUACAGACUCCAAGACUUAUGAUGAGCAGCUGGCAAAUGCAUGGAGAGUACCAUUGUCGUCAUUUCCUCCACAAAAGACUCGAAUUGUACCAGGUACCGUUGUUACGAACAAGCUUGGAAAUACUGAAGGUUCUCAAGCUAUACGUGAUAUUCUCGAUAUUCGUGAUAGUCCCACUGUCACUGAGAAUGGAAUUUUGAAGGGGUCUUCAAGAAAAGGCAUUAAAAAGAGAAAAGCCGUUGUUACUGAAGAUGAUACUAAUCACGACGGUGACUCUGUCGUUACUAAGAAACCAAAAACCUCCAAUUCAAGUCUUAAGUCUAUCAUCAAAACUUCUGUAUCGCAAAAGGCUAAUGGAAAAAAACCAUCCAAAAUUCAAAAUUCCGAGUCUGAGUCUUCGGAAGAAGAUAGUUCAGAGCGAAGUUCAGGAACUAGUUCUGAAAUUAGUUCGAGUGACGAAGAUGAUGAGAUGAUGAAUGGUUGGUCGACUGAUGAAGGUUCAGACUCCUACGACGAAGAAUCUAUCUCUCAAGCUAUUUCCCAAGUUGAGAUAAACCAGGAGUCUGAUUCCAGCGAUAGUGAUACCGAUAGCGAAUCCGAGGGACCGGAUACAGAGCCAUCCUUUAUUGAUUCCGGAAUCCAUUCUCAUAUAUCUUCGAAAGCCACCUCUUCAUCAGUUCUCGUCCAAUCUCAACCCUCCUUCACUCAAUCAAGUACUUCAAAUUCACGAAAUAUACCUGGCGUAGCACCAUUACGACCUGGGUAUUGCCUUAUCUACAACUACAAAGGACGUUGCAAUAAAGCCUGUGGACUCCAACACUUGUGUCUAAAAUGUGAUCUUCAACAUUCUUCUCUCCAUCAUCAUCAAUACCAGCCAAACUUUCGAGCUUCGAAUAAAGAUCCUUCGAUUGAAACCUGCCGAGACUGGAACGCUGGUCGCUGCGCAGUCAGAGUUACAAAUUGUACUCUACGACAUAUCUGCUCUAUAUGUAACGGAGGUCAUCGAAGCAUUUAUCACGAGCACGACGAUGCUUUUCCCAAGAGUGAUAAACAGCGUCCUGAUCGCACAGUAGGAGAAUCCAGUCACUUCAGUCGAGAAGGCCGUCUUGAUCAUCGUCACUCACAGGCAAAUUCUCCUCACAUCUCAGAAAAUUGGCCUGAAGCUUCUCACUCCUCGUCUCGUCGUCAACAGCAUUAUAUUGAAGAGGUAGAACAACAAGAUUCUGCAAUCGAAUUAAAAUUUGCCUCGUGUCAAAUGUGGCAACGGGGUACGUGUAUUAGGAAGAGGACGAAAUGUCAAUUAUCACAUAUUUGUGAAAGGUGUGGACAGUUGACUCAUAGGACUGCGAAGCAUGAUACUUAUAUGAGUAAAACUGCUCCGCGGGCUUGA